AUGGCAAACCGCAAAGAAUCCCGCCCCGGCAUCAAAGCCAACCUCUCCAUCCUCCACGGCCCAGCCCAACCAACCCCCAUCCACAAAACAUUCUCCCGCCUCCUCCGCGAAAAAGCCCAGUACCAACCCUCCUCCCUCCUCGUCGCCUCAGACCACCAACAGAAAUCCCUCUCCUACGCCGAAGCAAACUCCCGCUCCGAUGAUCUCGCCCGCGGACUUGCUUCCCUCGGCGCAAAACAAGGCGACCGCAUCGCCAUCCUCAUGGGCAACGAAAUCGAGUACAUUGAGACAUUCUUCGCAUGCACCAAGCUCGGCGCGCCCGUCACGCUCGCAAACUACGCUUACACCGAGCAAGAAUUACAUUCUGUGCUUUCAUCAUGCGGCGUGUCUACGCUGGUCAUGGUUCCACGCUUCGACCGCUACGACUACCGCGCCUGGAUCCCAAAUCUCAAAAAGGGAAUCCCAUCACUGCGAAACAUCAUCGUCGUCAAUGCGGAUAGAGAACCCGCCCUCGUCAAGCUAGACUACACAGACUACGAAGCCGUCAUCCUCCGCGGCCGCAACAACACCUCCCUCGACCUCCUCGCCUUAGAAGCAAACAUCCACGCCAAGGACGUCAUGAACCUCCAAUUCACCAGCGGCUCAACCGGCCUCCCCAAAGCCUCCGCCCUCACCCACAGCGGCAUCUACAACGCCGGCCGCUACAUCGGCAGCACAAUGUACCUCAAGUCCUCGGAUCGCAUCUGCCUCCCCGUGCCGCUCUUCCACAGCUUCGGCCUCAUCAUCGGCCUCGCCGUCGCUACGGCAUACGGCGCAUCGCUCAUCCUGCCCGCCAGCAUCUUCGACGUCGAGGCAACGCUGGCCUGCAUCCCCAAGUACCGCUGCACGGGUCUCUACGGCGUGACAACCAUGUUCGUCGCCGAAAUGGCCCAUCCUCGCUUCAAUAACUAUGACCUCUCCAGUCUACGCUUCGCCAUCCUCUCUGGCUCAGCGGUCCCCGAGCCGCUCAUGCGCAAAGUCUGGUCCGCCUUUGGCAUCACGCAGACACACACCAACUGGGGCCUCACCGAAGCCUCCUCCAUCGUCACCAUGACCCGCGACACCGACUCCAUGGCCCAGCGCACCGUCACCUCCGGCCGUCUCUUCCCCGGCUACUCAGCCCGCAUCGCCGAUCCAUCCACAGGCCAAACCGUGCCCCGUGGCCAAAGAGGCGAAAUCGCCCUCCGCGGCAACGGCAUCCAGGCCGGCUACUACGGAAACCCGCAACGCACGGCUGAGGCCCAUCGCAUCUCCCCCGAAGACGGCCUCGAGUGGUUCCACACCGGCGACGAGGGCUACUUUGACCCAGACGGCUUCUUCGUCAUUACCGGCCGCAUCAAAGACAUGAUCAUCCGCGGCGGCGAAAACAUCUCCCCCCUUGAAAUCGAAGAGCGCCUCGUCGCCCAUCCGUCCAUCGCGCAAGCAUCUGUCAUAGGCGUUCCCGAUGCCAAAUACGGCGAGCAAAUCUGCGCCUUUGUCGAGCCUACUGCAGGUACAGAGCGGCCUAUGGAUGAUGAGCUGCGCGCGUGGGUUGCAGAGACGCUGGCGCAUUUCAAGAGGCCGCGGUAUGUCAUCUGGUUGGGGUCGCAUGUUGCGUUUCAGACUUGGCCAAAGACAGCGAGUGGGAAGCUGAGAAAGCCUGAUUUGAGGCUCAUUGCGGCGGAGAUAAUGAAGGGGGAUGCAGUGGAGGUGGAAGUGCGAGAGCAGGAGCCUGUGAGGGCGAGGUUAUGA